AUGUUGUCUCUCCACAUCAAUUCCUACUCUCCCCCGUCGGGGUACCAGGUGUCCGAGCUGCCAAAGCCCGAGCUGAAUGGUCCGAAAGAUGUGAUAAUCAAGGUCCACGCAGCAAGCAUCAACCCGGUUGAUGUAAAAAAGGCCGAUGGAAUGAUGAAGCUUCUGGUCACUGAGCCAUUUCCCUCUAAAAUCGGCUAUGAUUGCGCUGGUGUAGUCGCCGAGAUAGGCAAAGAGGUGACCCGGUGCAAAGUUGGCGAUGCAGUCUAUACAAGAUUACCAGAGCCGGCAAAAGGAUCAUGCAGUGAGUUUGUUAGGUGUCCGGAGGAAGAAAUCGCCCUCAAACCGCCUUCAUUGUCCUUCGAGGAUGCAGCUUCGAUCCCACUCGCGGCUAUGACAGCCCUCCAAGCGCUUAGAAAAUAUGACGGAGAUCUGGCUGGGAAGACUGUAUUUGUUCCAUCAGGCUUGAGCGGAACCGGAUUAUUCGCUUGCCAGCUCGCAAAGCACGUUUUCCACGCUGGAAAGGUGAUCACCACUGUCUCAACAUCAAAAGUCCCAAAAAUCAAGGAACUCCUGGGAGAGGGAACAGUCGAUGAGGUCAUCGACUACACCAAAGUCGAGCCGAGAAUGGUCAUUGAACACGGCACCGUCGACUUUCUAUUCGACACCGUCGGCCAAUCCAUGGAGUAUCUCUGCUUGAUGCGUCUCAAUUCCGGCCGGAUCGUGUCCAUCGCGACAGUGCCGUCGGGCGAACAGCUGCAGAAUUCGUCGUUGAUGAGGCAGCCCCAUCUGCCUUCCAUACCCGCGCCUUUCCGGAUGGGGCUGAAUGUCAUGGAUUCCGUCCGCAAGUUCCGUGCGCGGCGGUAUGGUGUGGAUUACUCCUACAUGUUCUUGGAGUCGAGCGGAGCCGAUCUGGACGAGCUGCGGAAGUAUGUGGAGGAAGGGAAACUGAAAACGGUGGUUGGCACCAUUGCUGACCUGAGAGAUGUUGACGCCGUGCGGAAGGCCUGCCAGAUCGUGUACAGUGGCAAGGGCGGCCUUGGGAAAGUUGUUAUCAGAGUUGUUAAUAGUGAGAGCUGA